AGAGAGAGGUGGAGGUGGAGCAAUGGCGGAGGUGACGAAGGUUCUGUACAUAGUGGUGGUGGACGAGGGAGAGAAGAGAGAGGGAGGGAGGAAGGAGUCGUUCCGGUACACGCGCCCCGUCCUCCAGAGCACCCUCCAGCUCAUGGGAUGCAAGGCUCGGCACGCCUUCAAGAUGAGUCAACGGGUUUUUGAAUUGAUGAGAAAUGAGGCCUCUGUUGAUGGCUUCUUCCCAGAGGGGAUGGAGGUACCUUCUGAAUUUGAUGCUUCAAAGGGGCAUACCUGUAAAGCAGCAGCAGACAAACAUUCCAGUUCAGGAGCAUUCGAACUGUACAAAAGGCGAAGAACUGUUGUUGUCAGGAGAGAGACUUUCUUAGAUAUUGUAUGCAGCAGUCUUUCUGAAUAUAAGUACGUGGGCGCAAAUCAGAGGGCCGACUUGGUUUUAGCUUGCAGAAUACGAGAAAGGAAAGAAUCCGUAACUGUGCUGUUAUGUGGCACUAGUGGAUGUGGGAAAUCUACUUUGUCUGCAUUGCUGGGUAGCAGGCUUGGAAUCACUACGGUGAUAUCAACUGACUCCAUUCGGCACAUGAUGAGGAGUUUUGUGGAUGAGAAGCAAAACCCCUUACUUUGGGCUUCCACAUACCAUGCAGGAGAAUACUUGGAUCCUGUUGCUGUUGCAGAAGCAAAGGCUAAGAGGAAAGCCACUAAACUAGCCGGCAUUUCGCGCUCAACUGUUAAGGCUGAGACAUCUGAUGGAUCAAAGCCAGGGAAACCAGAUGCUACAGCAUCUGAAGAAAGCGGAGCUGCUUCUGAAUUAAUCAGUCCAAAACAGAUGGCUGUUGAAGGUUUUAAAGCACAAAGCGAGAUGGUAAUUGACAGUCUUGAUCGUUUGAUCACUGCGUGGGAAGAGCGGAAAGAAUCAGUAGUUGUUGAAGGUGUUCACUUGAGUCUUAAUUUUGUGAUGGGGCUAAUGAAGAAGCAUCCCUCCAUCAUACCGUUCAUGAUCUAUAUUACAAAUGAAGACAAGCACAUGGAAAGAUUUGCCGUUCGUGCAAAGUACAUGACGCUGGACCCAGCAAAAAAUAAAUAUGUGAAAUACAUAAGGAACAUUAGAACAAUACAGGACUACCUUUGUAAAAGGGCUGACAAGCAUCUGGUCCCCAAAAUAAACAAUACCAAUGUUGAUAGGAGCGUGGCGGCAAUCCAUGCCACGGUUUUUAGCUGCCUCCGAAGGCGUGAAGUGGGGGAGCAGCUUUAUGAUCCCACGACGAACACAGUUUCUGUGAUUGAUGAGGAGUACAGGAACCAAUGUGCUGCAAAUUCCUUAAGCUCUAAGGGCAUGUUUCAACUGAUCCAGAGAAAAGGUUCUUCUAGGCAUCUGAUGGCACUUCUAAAUACAGAUGGAUCUGUUGCCAGGGCUUGGCCUGUGAAUUCAGUUGACAGCAAAGGGAACCCUGUGUUGGGCAACGGGGGUGAGAAUGAAAUAGGCAACCCGAUGUAUGGUCCAUUGCAGAUUGGAAAGGCUGAGCCGGUCAAUCUUCAGUUUGGUCAUUUUGGAAUCAGUGCUUGGCCUAGUGAUGGAGGCACAAGCUAUGCUGGAAGCUAUGCUGGAAGUGUCGAUGAAUCGAGGGCUGACGGGACUGAUACUGGCAGCAAAUACUAUUCGUCUUGUUGUAGCUCACCAAGGAUAUCUGAUGGGCCUGCCAAGGAGCUGAAGGAAGACCACUCCGUGCAUGGAAGUGAUGAGGAGGCCGAUGACCCACCUGUGGACAGUGACGAAGAUCUAACAGAAGACGAUGCUAGCAAACACGACCACGAAGAGGUAGGAUCAGUGGACGAGCAGUCUACUAAAUCAGACGAAGAGUACGACGAUCUUGCCAUGCAGGACGUGGUGGAGAAUGGGUAUUGGUCGGACGACGAUGAGGAAUUGCGACGGAAGUUACUUCCUGCUCCUGGGGAUCCGGGGACAAACGUGGGAGAGGACAAGUAUAGUAAAAAUCUGGACCUUUUCCUCAAGCAUAGCAAUGAACAGAAGAUUGAGCCGUUGUGCUCUUACGCUUCUGUGCUCGUGGAGAAAAACGAGAGGCGUGUGGCAACACCCGGCAAAGCGAGGAUGAGAAAACGGUCUCUAAGUAUACCCGCCUUUGGUGGAGAUGAUGGGUCGAUAAUCACCGAUCCCAUUCUGUCCGGGGCCCCUUAAGAGCUAUAAGGGGGGAAGAGUUUUAUUUGGCAUGCCUUUCAUUUUUCUAACGAGUUUGGUUUCCUUUGUAUAUCUUUUGCUUUGCUUUGUCCGGUUAGGGAAGUAGGUGCUUUCUUUCUCCUCCUCUUUUUUUUUCCUGUCUAAUCUAACAACGGAGGAGUUCGACGA